UGCGGAAGUAUCUCUAUCAGGCUGUCGCGGGGAACAGGCACUACAUGACAUCUGUAAGUGCUUGAAUACGAUUGGAGAGACCUGGCCAGCUUUGACUCGACUAUGGAGUGGGAAAAGGAUCUAAGGCGCAGCCAGUCUUUGAAGAGUCUCCCCUCGCAGUCUGACCAGGCGAUCUGGACAGAUGCAGGACUGCAGGACAGGACAAUAUCUGUGUCCCAGUUAGUGGCCAGGUAUCAAACUACAGUGAAAAAAGGCACAUCAAGUCAACCUGCGGCAGAGAAUAAUGUUGAAGGAAUUACAAAGAAACCACUAAUGGAGAUGACUUCAUCUCCCCUGCACAGUAGGGAGACUCAUCUGGAGUCCCUGAUGAAGAGAAAUGAAGAGCGGGAGAGAGCUCGGUCCACUGCCACCCUGACCCGCAGUAGAUCAGUGGGUAGCCUCCAAAACACCACUGGCAGCUCCAUAGAGGCCUUGAAGGCUGUUUUUGAGUCGAAGGCGACGGCAAAGCUGAAACCUAAGAGCAGUUUUAAAACUGGAAACGUGGCUUUAGGUCACGCUGUGGACGAGCCAGUGGUGAACGGAGAGGCUGAGGAUGUGCAGAGCGCUGCAGGGGCGCAGAAAAAACCUGCUGAAAAGAAAACUAAAAAGGAGCCAAAAGAUGAUUUUCUGACUCAAAAGGUGGUGAAUCAGACCCAGACAGAGAGGAACAAAACAAUAGCGGGCAUUGAUUUUGAAAAGCUUGCAGCAUCUGAAGCUGUUGAAAAGAGGAGGUCAGCUGCUGACUUCAGAGACAGCUCUUUCAACCAAACCCAAGAGAUACUGUCUGUCUCGGUCAAAGCUAUGUCUGCUCUCUAUAUGUCAAAAGUGGAAAAUAAGGAAUCAGCAAACAAGCCUUCUAAAGUGGAAAAGGAUCAUGCUCAACCACGAGAUUCGGGAAAGUGGACCAAGCUAACUAAGAUGGAUGAAGACUCUGAACAAAGAAAAGAUGACCAUCCGCCACAGCCCCAAGAAGAGCCUGAAAAGGGACUUGAAGACAUCGCUGAGGGACAUUCUGAACAGCUGAUGUCUUCCCAACUCUCCAGGGAAAAGAUAUUCCAGCAACGACAGAAAAACGAGCUGAGACGGCUCCUGAAGCAUACCUGCCCAGAGAUAAAGAUGCUGGAUGAUGUUGUGAAUGAGGAGUUUGCUGAAGUGUUGAGCUCUAAAUCAGAGUCUGGUGGGGAAACCGGAUAUGAGGGAGAGGUUCUUUCAAGAUGCUUGAUAUUUGAAAACCGUGGCAGCAGCUACAGCACCAAAAAUAUCUAUUUAGAAGAGGGAGCGGUGGAAAGACAGGAUUAUCGGAAAAUAUCAAAUGUUUUGGAAGGGCUAAAAGAUGAACUUUACACUAAGAGUUGUGAAGAGAUGAUGACAAGUGAUAAAUCUCCUGACUUAACAUCAAAUUAUAAUAAAGAAGUAGAGGAACAGGUGGCAAAAAUAGAUGUUAAGGCUACCAGAAAGGUAUCUGAGAAUAAACAUUCACACACUGUAAAGCCAGAUGAGAUUCAGGGGAAUGUUCCUAUGGUUUUGAACCAACCACCUGAAAUAUCUUCUUCUCACAGCACACAAGGCGAUAACAAAAGUGGGGACAUGAAUUUAGAAGAACAAAAGCUGUGUGUUGGUGCUGUUGGUGAAAGUACAGAAAGUGACUUUUCUCGCAGUGAAGCAGCAAUUCCCUGUAAAGGUCUCCCACUUGAGGGGAGUUUCAUAAGUUUUACUGAAUCAGAAAGAAAAAUAGAAAUAAUAAAAACAAGCGCAGCACUUGUCCAAAAUAACCCCUUUAUUUCCUCUAACAUAGAAAGAGAGAAUUUUUUAAGCCAUGCAUCAAACACUCAAAAUCAAAGCAUUGCAGUAAGUGAAGACUAUCCGAUUGCCAACGUAAAGAACAGAGCACACCUGUUUGAAUCAAUGCCAUUUGAUAAAAUUAGACAUCAGAAUCAGGAUGAAAUGGAGACGCUGGUGGAAAAUAUCAAAAAAACGUUAAAUUUCCUCCACUGUGUGAAAGCCAUUCACUCAGAUGGGGCAAUUAUUGAGGUUAACGAGACAAUGAUAGCUAAAAAGUCACAGUUCACAAUGUCGGACAGGGGACCUGAGAUAAAAUACGACAAAGUGGCUGAAGGUGGUGCACAAAAUUUUAUAGUCCAGCUGCUACCGCGGGUAAACCUAAAACCUCAGAUGAUUUACCUUAAGGAAGAUAGUAAAGGGUUUAUGGAGGCCACAGUGGUGGAUGCACUGGCUCACCAGCAUAGAUUCAGUGCAAACAAAGAUGCUGAGUUAAAAACUGCCAAUGUAGUUCAGUUGGUUGAGGAUAUCCUCAAUCAGGACAACUCCCUGAGAAAAGGGGUGAUCAUUCAAGAAGACGCCAGAAACGGUGCAGAAGUCAUUGUUUAUUCCCUCUACAAGUACUUUGACGAAGAAGAUGUGAAGAGCUACAGCCCUCCAAACAGUGCAGGUCAUGAUGAACCUGAGGCAGAAACAGUCUCAGUUCCAAAGAGCAGUCAAGACCAAGCCAGGUCAGGGUCAAUUAGGGCCAAUGUAAAAUUGUUCAAAAGUUGCAUCGAAAAGGGCGACUUGGAGUAUUUAAGAUCACUUCAUGAUGACGAACAAACCAUUCACAGUACUGAACAUAGUCAAAGUGAAGCAGCUGCCAGACUGGAUGAUGAAUCUCAUUGUCACCAUAUAAGUAAUCCAUCUGAAGAGUGUAUCCAAGUGGAUGUAAAAAGACUAAAAGGCAUGUUCUCUGAAGGAACAGGUCCUAGUCAUUGUAAAUGUGUCAAAUCUUCUGCAGUGUCAUCUGGAAAAAGUCAGUCUCCUAUAGAAUGCAAUACGGGGGCAUUCUUGUUUCCACAGUCCAACAAUAGUUGUAAUGCUUGCUUCGGUCAAGGGCUUAUAGACGUUCUGGCAAAUUCUGAACAUCAGAAUCAAAACAGGGUUCAACAAGCUGAAAUAGCAGAAGCCAACACAGAAGAACUGUUUGAAAUACCCAUUGUAUCAUUGUCAAGAGCAGAAGCAGAAUCAGCUCAAGAAAUCUCAAGCACAAAAGUGGAAUCAUGCUUAGAAAAAAGUAAUAAAUCUCCAUUAGUUGAAGGAAUUUUCUCAGCACCUGAAUCAGACUGGCUACCCAAAUACACAGAAACGGUCAGUGAAGAGGCCAGUUCUAUGAAAGAGCAUACCUCUGAGACUUGCAACAAAAUUAAUGAAGGAUUUAGAGAAUUAGCUAAAAAUGAAGCAGCACCUGAACAACAAGAAGAGGUUUGUUGUCAGGGCACAAUACAAGCAGCAUUGGAUUCCUUGGAGAAGUCUAAUAUUAAUGUGACAAGAGGAGACAUUAGGGCAGCUAUGAUAUACAGACAGUCCAACAAAUUGUAUCAGAAAAACUCACAAAGUUAUGUUCAAAAGCACAGUCCUACAGACUUUUGCUUUUCGGCUGAGCCUAAAUCAAAUCAAGGACAACAGAAGCCAGAAACACCCAACCAAGAAGUAACAGUGGCAAAUGUGGAGCCUCCACACCCAAAAAAAGCAAAUACUGAGCCUCUACACCUAACUGACGACCCACUAAUCCUACAUGUAACUGCAUCAAACGCAGAGCCUUCUGACCCCUCUGAAUCACCACUAAACCUAAAAGUGACUUUGUUAGAUGCAGAACCUCCACACCCAACUAAAGAACCCCUAAACGUAGACGUGAAUGUAAUGAAUGCAAAGUCUCCACUCCUGGCUAAAGAACCAUUAAACCUAGAAGUGACUGUAGUGAAUGCAGAGCCUCCACACCCAGUUAAAGAACCAAAGACACAAAAAGUAAUUGUGACAAAUUUGGAGCCUCCACCCCCAGCUGAAGGACUAAUGAACACACAAGUGACUGUGUCAAAUGCAGAGCCUCCAUGCCCAACUAAAGAACUACUAAACCUAGAAGUGACUUCGCCAGAGGCAGAGCUUCCACACCCAUCCAAAGAAACACUAAACCUAGAAAAGACUGUGUCAAAUGCAGAGCCUCCAUGCCCAACUAAAGAACCACUCAACCAAGAAGUGACUGUGGAGCCUUCACACCCAACCAAGGAAACACUAAACCUAGAAGAGACUGUAGUGAAUGCAGAGCAUCCACACCCACCUAAAGAACCACUAAACCAAGAAAUGACUGUGGCAAAUGUGGAGCCUCCAUACCCAACUAAAGAUCCAGUAACACAAGAAGUAACUGUGGCAAAUGCAGAGCCUCCAUACCGAACUACAGAACCACCCAAGCAAGAAGUAACUGUGGUUAAUGUGGAACCACCACACCCAACUGAAGAACUAAUGAACACACAAGUGACUGUGUCAAAUGCAGAGCCUCCAUGUCCAAUUAAAGAGCUGCUCAACCAAGAAGCCACUGUUGCAAAUGUGGAGCCUUCAUACCCACCUAAACAGCCACUCAACCAAGAAGCAACUGUGGCAAAUGUGGAGCCUCUACAUCCAACUGAAGAUCCAGCAAAGCUGCAAGUGAAUGUGGUAAAGGCAGAGCAUCCAUGCCUAACUAAAGAAUUACUAAACCAAGAAGUAAAUGUGGCAAAUGCAGAUCCCCCACAUCCAAUCAAAACCCAUAACAGACCUACUCAAGGUGUUGUGUCCACAAAAAGCAAAGGAGUCACUGGCCCCAAACCACCAAUUCCACCUAAACCUGAACAUUUGAAAGAGAAACAAGAAGUAAGUCAGUCAUCUGCUACUAGGCAUCCAGAGGAACACAAAAUUAGUGCUAUGGGAACUGAAGAAAUGUUUUGUCAGGUUUCCCAGCCAUCAGCAACAACAUUGUUUUUAGGUCAAGAAGACACUACCAAUAAGUCAUUGGAUCAUCAUGAAAACUACAAUGUAGACAAAUCUACAAAGAAGUUGCAACAAAUAAAAGGAAAAUCUGACAUGCAAUGUUUGACCAUGCUCUUAGAGAGUAAUGAAACAGAUAUAAGAAAAAUAAAUGGACAACAAAAGAUAGAAAACAUUGAAAAGAAAGAGAUGUCUCAAAACGCAUCUGCACCUGACAUAAUAUCUGAAACGGAUGAAACCCAUAUAAACUUCCAUGAGGCUCGGCAAAAAUUCGGCGGCAAAGUUGUGCCAUCAAAAAAGACGGCCCCUGUAAAGCCAAAACGAGUGAAACAUCUUCAGUCCAGUGACAAAACCCAAAAACACUCAACAGGAGAAUGCACUGCAGAUGGCACUGUCCACACUGGAGCUGAUCUAUCAUCCAACAUCUGUAAAAGAACUGCUGACAGUGCAGAUACUCAUUACAAGGACACAAAGCAAGACAUCAAAGUUGAGAUGAGGGAGAAGAAAGCGAGAAUGGAAACGGAUGAUGAACGCAGACAGCGACUGUCUAUACACAUGGAUGAGAUUGUGAGAGGAAACGUAACUGCGGCAAUGGAAAUCUUUGAACACUUGAGAAAGCAAGAGCAACUGCAAAGCAUUCUGAGUCGCGUAGAAGAAAUCGAAAGCGACACGAGUGAGGUCGAUGUGACGUCUCUCAGGAGAGUGUUUGAGAAUGUCCCUGACUGGAUCGUCAACACGGACAGAACAGGGCGAAAGAAGGUCAAAGCAGAAAACAAAGACAAAGUGACGCGGUCAUCAACAGACAAAAAACAUUGCAAGUCCUCAAUGGAGCACGUUUAUGGAGAUCUUGAGCGUGCUAGUGAGGAAAUAAUACAUCUUAAAGAGCAGACUUUAGCUAGACUUAAGGAUAUAGAGGACACAAUUAAGAAAGCACUUCUUUCUGUUUCUACACUAAAGUCUGACUCAGAUAUCGCAAAUUUAUCAAAUCUGCUCAAAGAAUCCCUGGGGGUUGUGCAAGAAUCACCACAUUCUAGAAAUAUAAGCAAAACUGAUUUAAGCACAUCCAAGCCACUACAAUCAGAAGAAAGUUGUUUUCUACAAAGAAGCAGUUCAAUAGGCACUGCAGCAGCUCCUUGCACAGAUCAGGUUUCUACAAAGCAACGGCAAAGCCCUCCGUCUUCACCCGCAUUCAUUUCUAUUCAGUCGGCAGCAAGAAAAACAGAUGAAACAGAGGUUGUGCCACCAGAAACUUUAAUCUGUAUGAAGUGUCAGUUGGACCCGAGGCCAGAAGGAAAAUUCAGAACCACAAAGACAGUGACGUGCAACAGCCCCACUCCAGGUAAAAAAGUAAAAUCCAAGAAAGGAGGACGGCAGCAGACUUCUAACAGCCAACAAAAUCGAGAGCUUAGUGUGCUCCAGGUCCAAACUGACAGCGAAGGCAACAGCAUCAGAGGGACAGCAGUGGAAAACUAUGAGAGGACAGAUAACUCUGGUAACAGGUCUUAGACAUCAAAACCUCUGCUUUCGUUGCUACGCAGCCAGAAAGCAAAACAAGUCAGGUUGUAAUCCAGAGGUUGAGCAGCCAGCAAAUCAGGUUAAUGAUUUGGUGUAUCUGGACAGAUAAGUGUUUGCCUUUCAUAUUCUCACAACAUAUUCAUUUAUCUACUAAGUACUUAUUUGAGUGCUAAAUAGAUUGAUCAUCUAUGAGUUUAUUGCUGAAGGCAUUUCUUAGGUUUUUGACUGUUGCUGCUUCAACAUUAUGUCAAUUUCUCUUUGUUCUACUUUGCAUUUGAAUUUUAGUACUUUUUACAUUUCUAUCAGCAACUUUCUAAUAAAUUCUUUUUGUGAAAAUCCCUCUCGAUCUUGAAAUA